AUAUAAUAGUUUAUUAAAUAAUUUUUUCUUUUCUUAUAAUAGGUACUUGCGUAAAUUGAAGUCAUAUGUACGUAAUAAAGCGCGUCCAGAAGGGUCAAUAGCUUUAGCCUAUCUUGCAGAUGAGUGCUUAACAUUUUGUUCUAGAUAUUUAGGUAGAACAGAAACAAAAUUCAAUAGAAAAGAAAGAAAUUAUGAGGGUCCUAAAGUACAAACAUCAAAGUUGUCUAUUUUUCAAAAAAAUGGAUGGCCACUAAACAGAGGGAAAGGAACCUUUAAAAAGCUUUCUUAUGAAGAUUGGAACCGCGCUCAAUUGUAUGUUCUAAGAAAUUGUGGUGAAGCUCAACAAUUCCUUAUGUGAGACUUUUUUUUCUUUUUAUUUAAUAGUUUCUCUUUUUUCCUUUUUUGUAAUCAUUGAUUACUCCGGUCUUAAUAAUGAUAUUAUCUUAUGUCAUCGAUUAAGAGAACAUCAAACGGAACUUGAGAGAGAGGACUUAAGGAAUUUGGCAAGUAGGCAAGAUGCAACAUUUGUUAGAUGGUUUGAAUCACGAGUGUCAUGGCCGGCAAGUAUAAAGAAGGGAGUAAUCGGACUAGACUUGGCAGCACAAUGAUGCGUAGGGUGCAAGAGGCUUGACCUGAAAUUCCAUCAACCGAGGAGAUAGGGGAGCAUCGACCCCGAAUAGAGAUAAACAGAUCAAAUCACCAGAUGGAGCAAACUAAUGGACUUGAUGUACCAAAUAGCAGUAGUGCAGCUUCAUGUUUUGAAAGAAAGCGGACACGAGGAAAAACUAUAGGUUUGAAGUGGGUGAAAAAAAGGAAAGAAGAAAAGACCAAACCUGGAGUUGAGAUGCCUAAAGAUUUACAACGUGCAGUGGGUACAAAUGCACAACAGUUUAUUACCGAAACAGCUCAAAUUGUUAGACAGCAUGCUCCUUUAAAUGUAGAGAAGUGGAGUAAAAUACCCUUACAUUCCAUCGAUAGGAUGGUGAAAACUGUUCAUGAGAAAUUCACUCUUCCAAAUCAAACUUAUGUCCUUGGAGUCAUUAUACACCAACUCCGAAGUCAUUUCAAUAGUUGGCGUUAUGACUUGCACCGAUUUCAUUACAAAAAAUACAAAACAGAUGAACAAAGGCGUGCUCACUGCCCUAGUGACAUCGAUCCAGAUCAGUGGAAUUGGCUCAUAAACUAUUGGAGCGAUCCGAAAUUUAAGAAAAUGAGUGAGGUAAAUAAAGAAAAUAGGUCGAAGCAAACGAUGCUCGCUCGUGUUGGUACAAAAUCGAUUGCAAGAAAUCUAACUGAAAUGAGAAAGGACUUAGAAGAAAAUGAACAAGAAAACAAUGAAAUAUCGGAACAACCUGAAUAUAUGAGGUUAUGGGAGAAAGUUAGAAAGAAAAAGGACGGAACAUGGGUUGAUACAAAUGCUAAGGAGAAAUAUAAGGAAAUGGAAAAUCUUCAUACAACUCAAAUGCAAGAGAAAGGCGAGGAUAUUCUGACAACUCGUGAAGCCUACACAAUUGUACUUGGACACAGAUCUAGAUAUGUUCGGGGUAUGGGUCCAGGCCCUGAGCCUUUAGAGAAUGGCGGUCUGAGGGGACAACGGCUUCGUGCACAAAUACAAGCAGAGAUCGAGGUUGAGAUGACAGCUCGAAUUCAAGAGGAGGUAGAGGCACGCAUGGCACAAAAAGAGAGUGAGGUACAAGCUCGAAUAGAGCAACGAGAGGCUGAAGCAGAGGCACGUUUAGCUCAAAAGGAGGCACGAUUGGAGCAAAUGGAAGCCCAGAUGCGUGCUGUUAUGCAGCAUUUAUCGAAAAUUGGGAUGCCUUUAUCUUCGCAGCCAACAUCCGCUAGUCGUUGAUUAAACAAGGCAUAUGAGCUUCAUGGAUUUCAUUUCCAUUUGUCUAGUGGUUUUGAAAGGGGAACAACUGAAGACUUGCAUAUUUUG